CUAAUUCACAAAUUUUCCCAACCAUUAGUUGACCAUUUUACAUAUGGGAACAUGUUUGGUAUAUGUCUUCACACCCUCCUUCCUUUCUUGAAUAUUACUCAUUUUACAUUCAGUUAACCCACCUCUCUCUCUCUCUCUCUCUCUCUCUCUUCAUUGAGUGACACAGGUUCAAGAAUCACUCAAUAAAUAAACACACAAAAAGACACUUUAGUGUGAUGCAAUUUCUUUUCAUUAGGUAUAUGUUUUUCUUGUAGAUUGCUUGAGUUUCUGGUUUGUUUUCACUGAAAUCUUGAAAAAGGGGAUCUGGGUCUGCUAAAAUACCUUGCUUCCCAUCUGGGUAUCCAAAGAUUUCGGUUAAAACAUAAAGAUCAAACCCAAUCCCUCAUUACUCACAUCUUUUCUUGCAUAUUGCUUGAGUUUCUUGUUUUUUUCACUCAUAAAGUUUGGAUCUUUGUGUGUAAAUCACCUUGAUUUCCAUCUGGGUAUCCAAGAUUUUUGGGGAAAAACAUUAAAAAGAUCGAACCCUAAUCCCUCAUCAGGGUUUGUUUCCAUUUUCAAGAAACCGUAAAAGCCCUUGAAUUUAUGGUCAAAUCAUCAAAAUACAAAAUGGCUGGAGGGAAUGGUUUGUUCUUUCCAAUACUUGGAUUUGCAUCCAUUGUUGCUUUUAUGUAUUUGUCUUUUGGGGAUUUAUUCUCUGUUGUAAAUUACAAGAAUGAGAUCAGUUUGAGUUUUGUGGGAAGAAAUGGGAGUAACUUUGUUGUGGAUGAUAAGCUGUUUUACAUCAACGGCUGGAAUUCAUAUUGGUUUAUGGACCAUGCUGUACAUGAUCACACCCGCCCAAGAAUCAGAGCAAUGCUUCAAGCUGCUGCAAAAAUGGGUUUGACUGUUUGUAGAACUUGGGCUUUUAAUGAUGGUGAUUACAAUGCUCUGCAGAUUUCCCCUGGUCAGUUUGAUGAAAGGGUAUUUAAGGCUUUGGAUUUCGUGAUUGCUGAGGCCCGAGAAGUUGGAAUACGGCUCCUACUUAGUUUAGUUAACAACUUGGACGCGUACGGUGGCAAGACGCGAUAUGUGAAAUGGGCUUGGAGUGAAGGCGUCGGCUUGAGCUCAUCGAAUGAUUCCUUCUUUUAUGAUCCAUCAAUUCGAAUUUAUUUCAAGAACUAUGUCAAGACUAUCUUAACAAGGAAGAACACAAUCACGGGACUCCAGUACAGAGAUGACCCCACCAUCUUUGGCUGGGAGUUAAUUAACGAGCCCCGAUGCAUCACUGACCCGUCUGGUGACACGUUACAAGACUGGAUAGAAGAAAUGUCAACCUUUAUAAAGAAAAUCGACAAUAAACAUCUAUUAACCGUUGGUCUUGAAGGAUUUUAUGGUCCGAAAAGUCCCAAGAGAAAAACGGUCAAUCCAGAAUUUUGGGCUGCUGAUAUGGGAGUGGAUUUUAUUCGCAACUCUGCACACUCGGCCAUUGACUUUGCCUCGGUUCAUAUUUAUCCUGACCAAUGGUUUAAAAAUAAAAGCCUUGAAGGAAAACUAAAAUUUGUCGCGGAUUGGAUGCAUUCUCACAUAGAAGACGGGGAACGUGAGCUGAAAAAGCCGGUGAUGUUUACUGAAUUUGGUUUAUCUGAUCUAAACAAAGGGUUUGACCCGGCACAGCGCGAUGAAUUCUACAAAAUCGUGUUCGAUGUGAUAUACGAAUCCGCAAAGAAAAAGGGGGCCGGGGGCGGGUCGUUUGCGUGGCAGUUCUUGGUAGAAGGAAUGGAAGAAUUCAAUGAUGAUUUUGGAAUAGUUCCAUGGAAGAGGGCUUCAACAUACAGCAUAAUAACAAGACAUACAUGUAGGUUAGCAAAGAUUCAUGGUGGGGUUACACCAAUAACAGGAAAUUUGAAGAAUAUUUGUAAUGGUAGAUGGUGAAAAACCUUAUAUUUUUAUGAUUUUGAUCCAAAUAAUUGAGAUUGUUUUGAGGGGUUUGAUGUUUUGGUUGAA